CACGUGCGAUUACAGCCCAUGAAUCCUAAUAUCCACGCCUGGCAGACAGACAGGUGUGAACAGGCUGACAAAUAGGCAGAUAUCUACUCCAGCUAUACGAAGAUAAAUUGGCAAGUCACAGAGCGGUAUACAAACGCGUUCACAUCGGUAGGGAUGGUUGUUGAGAGGUAAUUCGCAAGCUAUUCAACAUUAAAUUCAGGUACACUUACAUCAGGUAAAGUUAGCUAUGCCGAAAGGUUAUUUAACAUAGGCAGAGGCAUGAAACCAUGCAUUGUAUGCAGGGUAGGCAAGUAAUGAUCUGUCGGUGGUUACUGCCACGUAUCUAGACACGGAAUCGAACGUUAUAUGCGGGUAGGCAGAAAGUUUAUUCGUAGGCAAAAAGAUUACUGGCAGGUAGGCAGAUAGUUACACCUUGGUGGUAGGUGAACAUACAUCAAACAUAGGUGAUAGGGUUAUCGGUAUGCAGGUAAUUGAGUCAGUAUCUCUCAAAACGGGUUGUCUCAGAUCCGUGUACUUUGCUGUAUGAGGCGCUCACCUCGCCCCUUGCGGAUUGUGGGGGUUAUUUCACCAUACUUCACCGCGUUAGUGAGUGCGGGUACGCAGGUACAAUGUUAUUAUUAAUUAACAACAGCACGUAGAGUGACAGGCAAAGCUCUGCGGCUGCAUCAAUACAGAGCUAGCGCACACCUCUCCACAUGCCCGCAUGCCCCCACCGACCUACCGAGCCGGGAGAGAUUACUAAACACUUUGCACACAGCACGCACGGCUGGUGGCGACCCCAGCAGAGGAAACACCUCUGUAGUUAGACGGCGUUAAAGACGACGUCAGGCGCAUUCAGGUUAUCGGCGGACACAACACUGCAGCGGGGAACGUGGAGCAGGGCGAGUGAAGGUCUUCGCGAGGCUCGGCCUGCUCCUACCCGGGACCUCGGUCUCGCCUGUUCGCCCUACCGAACACAUGGACACGGCGGCGGCGGAGGAGGCAGCCCAGGGAGGGUGGUGGAUCGGUGGCCCCACGGGAUGGCUGCUGCUUCUGCUCUUGGGGCUGCUGUGCUGGUACUCCAUCUAUCCAUUUGGGCUUCUGAAGGAGCUGGGUGUGCCUCAUCCACGCCCAAUGCCUUUUCUCGGAAACAUGUUUUGGUUCCGGAAGGGAUUCCUGGAGGGACUUGAGAGUCUGGUGGAAAAAUAUGGGAAAGUGUGCGGGUAUUACUUUGGGCGGCGAAUGAACCUGGUGGUGGCUGACCCUGACAUGCUGAAGCACAUCCUGGUGAAAGACUUCAACAACUUCGUGAACCGCAUGGAGUUUCGGCUGACCAGCAAGCCCAUGAGCGACAGCAUCUUCAUGCUCCGGGACGAGGAGUGGAAGCACGUGCGAAGCGUUCUCACGCCCACAUUCAGCGCCGCCAAGAUGAGAGAGAUGUCGCCUCUCAUUAACCAAGCGACGGACACUCUGCUGGAAAAUCUGGAGGCUCACGCACGGUUGGGCAAGGCCUUCGAUGUCUGGAGGUGCUUUGGCUGCUACAGCAUGGACGUAAUCGCAAGCGUAGCGUUCGGCAUGCAGGUGGACUCGCAGAGGAACCCCGAUGACCCAUUCGUGCGCCAUGCCCACCUCUUCUUCAACUUCACCUUCUUCCGCUUCGCCAUGUUCCUCGUCCUCGCCUUCCCGUCGGUGUUUAUUCCACUGAUGCGCCUGCUGCCCAACGAACGUCAAAAACGGCUCAACCGAUUCUUCAAGCGCAUCAUCCAAGACAUCAUCAAAAUGCGACAGGCGCAGCCCCCGGAGCAGAGGCGGCGCGACUUCCUGCAGCUGAUGCUCGAUGCACGAGAGGUGGCGCCCGAGGGCCAGGGUGGUGGCGACGGAGGAGACGCGGAGGGCUCCAAGGCGAGCCACGGAGACGCGGCCGCCCGGAGCGUGGCCGAUGGAGAAGGAGGAGCAGGAGCAGGGGGCGACUCCGGCACUCGGGCAGCAGAAGGAGGCCCCAUCGGGAGGCGCAUCCACAAGCACACCCUGACGGACGACCAUAUCCUGGGCCAGGCCUUCCUGUUCUUCGUGGCCGGUUACGAGACGACGUCCAACACGCUUGGUUUCGUCUCGUACCUGCUCGCCACGAACCCCGUCUGCCAGACACGCCUGCGCGAGGAGAUCAUGGGCUUCUACAAGCAGCACAAAGAACCCGACUACGACAACAUCCAGCAGCUCACGUACCUGGACAUGGUCAUCUCGGAAACUCUGCGCCUCUACCCGCCAGGGCUGCGGUUUGGACGCGAGGCGCUGCGCGACUGCGUGGUGAAGGGGGUGCGCAUCCCGGCCAAGACGCACGUGGAGGUGCCGGUGAGCGUGCUGCACCGGGACCCGCAGUACUGGCCCGAGCCCGACCGCUUCAUCCCCGAGAGGUUCACCGCGGAGGAGAAGGCGGCACGCCACCCGUUCGUGUACCUCCCGUUUGGCGCAGGGCCACGUAACUGCAUCGGCAUGCGCCUGGCGCUGCUGGAGACGAAGGUGGCGCUCGUGCGCUUGCUGCACAGGUUCACCUUCCACAUGACGCCCGAUACGCAGGUCCCGCUGCAGCUCAAGUCGUUCACCACCCUGAGCCCCAAGGACGCGAUCAUGCUGAGGAUCUCGGCGAAUGGAGAGCCCAGCAAGAACUGACGCGUGCUGCACCGCGUGGCAGCGUCCAUCUGUGAAGAACGACUACGAACACCCUCUUGUGUCAAACGUGUCACCCUCAGUGUCUCGUGUGUCACCCGUCAUGUUCUGUGCGUCACCCGUCGUGUUCUGUGCAUGGCCCUCUGUGUCACGUGUCACCCUUCAUCUUACGUCAUGCUGUGUGGGGUGU